AUGAAUAUAAAUGUUAAUCAUAUUUUAACAUUUUUAUUUUUUUUAAUUGCAAUAAUUGGUAUAUUGGGAAAUGUGUUAGUAAUUGUAUCCGUUGAAUUUGAUGCACGAAUGAGACAAUCAUUAACAAAUCAACUUAUUGUUCGUGUUGCUUCUUGUGAUUUUCUUAUACUUGUAUUUAAUAUUCCUGAUAUUAUACAAUUUGUUUCAUCAACAAAUGGAAAUUGGAUUCUUAGUGAAUUUGCUUGUAAAUUUAUUCGAACAACACUUGUUUUAGCACAAUAUGCAUCUGUACUUACAAUGUGUGCAUUAACAGUUGAAAGAUUUAUUGGUAUUGUUUAUCCACUUCGUUCAAAAUUAUUACGUGAAAAAAAACAUGUUAUAUUAAUAACAUUAAUUGUAUGGAUAUUUUCAUUAAUAUGUGCUUCACCAAAUAUAAUUUAUUUACGUGUAUUAACAAAUUUAUCACCAGCAUCACGUCGUUCAUGUUUACUUGUAUAUUCUGAAGAAAGUUUUUUAAAUAAUCAGCGUAUUUAUAUCAUACAUAAAUUAAUUGAAUCAAUUGUAUUUUAUUUUCUUCCAUUAUUAUUACAAAUUUAUUGUUAUACAAGAAUAGCUCGACAAUUAUUUUAUGUUGAUGAAACACUUCAAACAUCAUUUCAUGCAGUUGCGAAAUCAAGUAGUCAACGAACACAAGGUGAUAUCGAUGAAGAAGAUGAUUAUGUAGAUAAUGAUGAUAAUUCAAGUACAAAAUGUACAAGAAUUGAUUCUGUUUGUCAAUCACCAAAACAUCGUUCUAAACAAUAUUCCCAAUCAAAUGUUACUCAUCUUAUUCAACGUCAACCAUUGAAAAAUUCUUAUUCAAAACGUCGAACAACAGUUACUUAUAAUGCAUUAAAAUCUCGUCGAAAUGUUAUUAAAAUGCUUUUUAUUGUUGUACUUAUUUAUUUUAUAUCAUUUAGUCCCCAAGUAUUAUUUUUUCUUUUUUUUGAAACAAAUUUUAUUGAAAAUAUUCCAAAAUUUAUUCAAACACCUUAUUUUAUUGCAUUUACAAUGCUUUUAGUAACAAUUAGUUCAGCAUCAAAUCCAAUUGUUUAUGCAAUAUUUUGUUCAAAAUUUCGACAAAGUUUUAUAAAAAUUAUUCGAAAAUUAUUUUGUUGUUUUCACAAAAAAUUUGAUUAUCAUUCAAAUCAACGAGCAUUAUCAUUACAACAAAUAUCAUCACCAAAUAAUCGAUCAAAUGGAAGAGUUCACAAUAAUAAAACAUGUUCAACUACAAAUGAAAAUUGUCAAUAUUCAUGUUAA